AUCCGCCACAGCGCGCACAGUCUAAAACAGACUCUUAACGUACUGCCAAACCGGAGAGACACGGAAACGCCCCGCACCGGACUCCCCCUGCCAGUCUGCACAUCUCUGGAGAAACAUCUGAACUAAUUCAACAGGGCAAAUGCAGAAGUAGCUGGAGGGACCAAAAGCAUCUGAGAUUCAUUUGUGGAAGUAACGGCGCUCAUGGCGGCAGCUCGGCUGCUUUAGGAGGGUCACCUCAGUGGAUUUUAGUGGGAGAAACUCGUCUGUUGGAUGUCAGUCAGAAGAAUAAUGGAUGCGCUCAGAUUGUCCGCUGCUGUUCUUCUACUUCUGUCUUUAUUCAGCUGUGGAAGCGCUAUACAGUUCCCCGACUCCCAUCUAACCCGGAAAUGGGCGAUGCAGAUGCAGGAGGAGCUAGUGCAGUUGAUUGACGCUGAGACCGGCAUACAAGAGCUCCAAAAAAUUUUCCUGCAGUUUCGGAACCACUAUAAUGUGAAACAAAACAACGCUACACAGCUGGUGGCAAAAGCUGCACGUGAAAUCGAGAAACUUCUUGCCAAUCGUUCCAAAGCUCUAGAGGCGCUGGCGGUGGCUGCAGAGGACCUGCAGAAGGAGCACCAGUGGAAGGAUGAUCUUGACGUGAAUGAUACCAUCUACUACAAUGCCAAGGACAAGUUUGACAUCAAUGACACUGAAACACGCCAGAACCGUGUCAAGCUAGAAUUCAAAGAGGAUCCUGCUUUCAAACGGCCUGUUUCAUUGAACACAACAGCAGUGCACAUUCCCACUGAUAUUUACGAGGGCUCCACUAUAAUCCUGAAUGAGCUAAACUGGACUGCGGCUCUGGAUGAAGUCUUUAAGAAGAACAAGAGAGAUGACCCGUCCCUCCUCUGGCAGGUGUUUGGCAGUGCAACUGGCCUGGCUCGAUACUUUCCAGCUUCCCCUUGGGUUGACACGAGGAGCACACCAAACAAGAUUGACCUGUAUGAUGUACGCCGAAGGCCCUGGUAUAUUCAAGGUGCAGCUUCACCUAAAGACAUGUUGAUCCUGGUGGAUGCGAGUGGAAGCGUGUCGGGUCUGACACUGAAGCUCAUUCGCACUUCCGUCAGCGAGAUGCUGGAGACUCUCUCCGAUGAUGAUUACGUCAACAUCGUCUCUUUCAACAAUUCAGCCAAAUCUGUCGCCUGCUUUGAAAACCUGGUCCAAGCAAAUGUUCGUAACAAGAAGAUUCUGAAGGAGGCAGUCCAGAAGAUCACAGCAAACGGCACCACUGACUAUAAAAUCGGCUUCAAGGAGGCUUUUGACCAGCUCUCCUCAAUGAAUGUUUCAAGAGCAAACUGUAACAAGAUCAUCAUGCUAUUCACUGACGGAGGGGAGGACAGAGCUUCAGAGAUCUUUGAUGAGUACAACAGUGAAAAGACGGUUCGAAUCUUCACCUUUUCUGUGGGCCAGCAUAACUAUGACAAGACACCAAUUCAAUGGAUGGCUUGCAAUAACAAAGGUUAUUAUUAUGAGAUCCCCUCGAUUGGAGCCAUCAGGAUCAACACCCAGGAGUACCUGGAUGUGUUGGGUAGACCCAUGGUGAAAGAAUACAAGAAAGCAAAAAGUGUACAGUGGACCAACGUUUAUGUGGACGCUCUAGAAUUGGGUCUUGUGAUUACAGGCACUCUGCCAGUGUUCAAUAAGACCAUCACUAGGAACAGUCAAGACAAGAAUAAGGCCCAGAGCCAGUUGAUUUUGGGGGUGAUGGCCAUAGACGUGUCUCUGGAUGACAUCAAGAGCCUGACUCCACAUUACACUCUCGGACCAAAUGGAUAUUACUUAAUCGACCCCAACGGCUACGUGCUACUUCAUCCCAACCUUCAGCCAAAGGAUCUCAAGUCUCAGGAACCCGUGACAUUGGACUUCUUGGAUGCAGAACUAGAGGAUGAAGUGAAAGUGGUGAUCAGAAAAAGUAUGAUAGAUGGUCAGAAGGAUCAAAAGAGAUUCCAAACACUUAUGAAGUCUCAAGAUGAGCGUUACAUAGACAGAGGCAUCCGAACCUACACUUGGGGUCCUGUCCAUGACACAGACUACAGUCUCGCUUUAGUUCUACCUGAUUACAGUGUCAGCUACAUCAAGGCCACUAUAGCAGACACCAUCACUCAGGCCAAAUUUUUUGAAAGCCUGCAUGUGGACAGAUUUGAAGAGUAUGGAUAUACUUUAAUAGCACCCAGAGAUUACUGCUCAGACCUGAAAGCUCAGAGUGACAACGACACACAAUUCCUCACAGACUUCAUUGAAUACAUUGACAUAUAUACCCCCAACCACUCAACAUGUAAUAUGGAUCUAAUAAACAGACUGCUGCUGGACGCUGGCAUCACGGCAGAACUGGCCAAACACUGGAACAAACAGGGGCAGAAUGAGAGAAUCAGGGCUAAGUUUGUGGUGACAGACGGUGGAGUCACUAGAGUCUAUCCUGCAAGUGCUGGUUCAGAAUGGACUGAACAUGCAGAAACAUACAAGUCUAGUUUCUACAAGAGAAGUCUGGACAACAACAUUUAUGUAUUUACAUCAUCGCCAUAUGCAUUCAAUGAAACUCAAGAUUCCAUUUUAGUGAGCAGAGCGAUGGACCUGAGAGUUGAUGAAUUCAUGCUGAAGCCAGCAGUGGUUGGUGUAAAACUGGAUAAACAGACUUGGAUGGAAAGCUUCAUCAACGCUACGAUUACGCCCAAAUGUGUUGGUGAAAUCUGUGGGUGCAGGAGGGACGAUAGCAAUCUGGACUGCUUUCUUCUGGACGAUGGAGGCUUCCUUGUCAUGACCAAUAAGGACCUCUAUAUCAAUAAGAUCGGACAGUUUUUCGGUAUGAUUGACCCCAGCCUAAUGAGGAAUCUGAUUAACGAAUCCCUGUUCUCAGUCAACAUAACCUACGACUAUCAGGCCCUCUGUGAACCCACCAAAGAAACUAAAGCCGCAGCUGGUCUCAGAUCAGUCUAUGUGCCCACCAUAGCUGACAUCCUGAACAUUGGUUGGUGGGCUUCUGCAGCAGCCUGGUCAAUAUUGCAGCAGUUGUUUGUCAGCAUCACAUUUCCUAACUUGCUUGAGGCAGCGGACCUAGAUGAUGAUCUGUCUGAACUGCCAUCUAAAGAGAGUUGCAUUAAAGAGCAGAAACAGUAUUUCUUUGAGAACGAUGAGACAACUUUUAAGGGGACCAUUGAUUGUCAGAACUGCUCCAGGCAGUUCAUAGCUGAAAAGCUUCUGAAGACGAAUCUGGUGCUUAUUGUUGCCGACACAAAAGAACCGUGUUGCCAGGCUGAUGAAAAAUUUUUCUCCCAGGAAGAAAAGCCUUCUCCAGGUCCAGAUCCCUGUGAGAUAGCCCAGAACCCACGCUAUAGGAAAGGUCCGACACAGUGCUUUGAAAACAACGCAAGUGAGCAGAACGAGGAUUGCGGUGGGGCAUUGGGUCUGAGUCCAUCUAUCGUGUCCAUGGUCAUCCUCCAGCUGCCGCUGCUCUGGCUUCUGAUUGGACGAGGACACUGCCUCUCGUGACCUCAGCAUAGAGAUGCCACACCCCUUUACGAUACCAAAACGGCACCACAUUUGAACGUUCAUCCGGACUCCCACGCUACAACCCAGCACAUGGAGGGAGAGGCUCUGACCCAGGAAGUACAAAACCCAAGCCGCGAUCACUCACAGCCUUUGAGGUCAAAGUAGGUCGGAGAUGAUAAAUGAGCAACGACCUUUGACAUUUGACCCGUGAGGUCAGACUCUCUCCACAUGAGCGACAGGGUGGGCAGUCUUACCUGGGUGGGCAGACCUUGACACUUCAUCGUCACUUCGCUAUGAAGAAACGUCCUGUCUUUAAAAUGAAAAAAUGAUCCAAUCACAACACUGCCAACCAAAGUUUCGCCCUUUACCGGUGUGAUGCCUUUUUUAACCUAUUUGUCCUUCAACAUAUUUACACGGCUAAUUCCUCUGUAUUACAAACUGUUUAUAUGUGACUUUUAUGGUUUGCCCUGCUGAGAUCUUUAAUGGACCCCUCCGGGUUGGGUCAAAAUCCAGCCUUGUUUGUGGUCUGCAGCCCAUUACUGGAAAAAAAAAAAUGGACAAAUGAGCUUGUGACCCGAUGCAAAAGUCUCGUUUUUCCCAGUGGUCUCCACCUCUGUGCCUCGGGAAUAUCGGUUUCAUUUCCAACUGCCGUUUCGAGUGAACAGUCCCUCCCUCCAUUUCUCCGUGUGUACCUGUAUUUGCUAUUUUUUAACGGCCCAUAGUGCAUUUCAAAUGUGCACUGCUGCCAAACGUUACCCUGUGUGUGUGGUCUUGCUGUACUUUGCACUUGAUGCCAAGCAGGUCGUGUGGCCAAACAGCCCUUUGGUUCUUAUUUAGGGCUUUUUAAAUGACAGCCAAUUCGUACCGACCUAAAAGCUCGCAAAGUUAUGCAUCCUGGCUGUGAAUAUGACAAGAAAGCCCCGCUGUUGCAUGUGUGUGUUUUGUUUUUUUGGUGCAUUACCUGUUUAUUUUAGAUUUGUUUAAGUUAUUGAAAAUGAGCAAAGGUUUUUCUGCUGUAUGUUUAAAUGUUGAUUUUUAUGUGCUAUAUUUAAUGUAUGUGUGUGGAUAUGCAGAUGCUAAAGGGUGAAAGGCAUUUAUGACAUAGUUGCUCUUUCCCACACUUUAAUAUCAUCUGGAGAACUCGAAAAGGUGGAAAGAAAAUUAUCUAAUGUUUACAGAUAUUUUGAGACACCAGAGAGUUUUUAUAAGAAAUGUUGCCCCUGGUUGUGCUGUCUGAGUCUCUGAUGUGUCGUUUUUCACUUUAAUGUCAGAGGCAGAGCUCUGUCAGCCUUUCUUUCCUGUCAACGUGCCUUGAUGUGAAUGGAUUCAUAUUAAAAUAAGCGAAGGAAUAUCACAAUGUGAAAUCUGACCCAGAGAAAUGUAAAAUAUCGGCAUUCUGAUCUGAUAAAAAAUUAAACUUCCGUCCCUUUAAGAGGUCCUGACUGGAUCUUUGUGCCUCAUUGAAAUCUGGGCCAUAAUCCAAAAUUUAUGGAAUAAUUAAGAUUUUAAGAAGAGACAAGAAGAAUUACGGAAGCCCUGGACUGCUCAUAAAAUGAAAGUUUUUAAAAUAUUUGUCAGUGUUUUAUUUGUUUAAUAAUAAUAAUAAUAAUAAUAUGUUUUAAUAAUUUAUGUGUAGUUUAUUUAUUAAUUGUAUUAUUAUUAUUUGUUUUAAAUACAAUUUUAAAAAGUAGUUAGAAAAUUAUGGAGAAAAAGAAAAAGGAGAAGAAAAAAGCUGGGAAGGAGUCUGCAUUCUGUAUAUUUUUGCCCAGUUUGUUACAAACAGCCAAAUCUUGUGGUUCAGAGCUUCUGUAAAUAAAUAAACAUAGUUAUUAAAAAAAAAAGGGGGUGGGGUGACUCCAAUUACAAAUGAUUACCUGUUACAUGAAUGUUAUGUCUGUAAAAAAGCAAAGCAUUUAUUUAUUUAUUUUUCUAUUUAAGCAUUCGGUUCAAAGUUUUGAAGAGGAGGAGGGAUGUCUAAUGCUUAGCCAAUAUAUUCAAUACUGUAUUGAUUAUGACUUAUGAUGAUUAAUUAAUAGCAAACAGAUGAUUUCUGCAAGUGAUUAAUGGCCGCUGAACCUUAUUUGCAUUGUUUUUGGAUUAGUGUAUACAUGUACAAAGUCAUUUGAGUCUCUGUCAGCACUGAUUACCAUUGUGUUCUUUCUCAUUUUAGAAGCGUAGACAAACAGGAAAUUAAAAGACAUGAAGACACACAACAUCAAAUGAAUUUUAGUGAGCAACAUCACUGCUACUUUAUGCAUAAUUUCCUCUGUACACAGUCAACGGUUUUGGUAAUGCACCUGAAAACAACAUAAUUGGACUUUGUGGAUUUGGCUUGCGUUGAAAAGCCAUUUUUUUCAAAAUCUUUCCAUGAUUCAUCACCGUAAUCAGACAAGCAUUCUAGAAGUGACGUGCGUUAUAUCAGUGUAUGAUUAAAAAAAAAAUGCCAUAAACAUUGUAGUUAAUUGGCUGUCAAAAUGAGAAAUUAUUGAAAACAUCGCCAGUUCCAGACCGUUAACUCGACGAAUUACCCACGUUAAUUCCCAGCAAAGCUAAUGUCAUCUUGUUUAUCUAUACUAAGCAUAAAGUACAUGUUUUUCACUUCCUCUACCUGUAUUUUAAAGUGCCAUAGAACUCUCAAACUGUUUUUCCGGCCUAUUUGUUCUUUAAAAGCACACGAAAUCGGCCUGUGACCAGUAUUCAAACCUUUAACAUAAUCUUAUCUCUUCCUUUAGUCGGCAUUUGUUGCACUGGAAGUGAAAACUAAGCUGUGUGUGCGUGCAUGUGUAUGUGUGAUGCUACAAUAUUUGCCUCUGUAGAUGCUGGAGUGUGUAAAGUAACAGAUUACGGCUCUGUUCGGAAUAGCAUACUAGCAUACUAUUACUAUAUUCGCAGUAUGUAGUACGUACUCUAUGGACAGUAUGCAAAUUUUCUAUUUAGGAAUACAAAAUUCCUAGAAGACCAACUAUUUUUGCUCAAAUAUGCAGUAUUCAACAGCACACUGCAUGAAAUACUGUAUCCCACAAUGCACCCGACUUGACCUUCGUUUUUUAGUAAACUGACUGCAAAAAUGUACAUAUUUAUACAAAUAACACAUUGUUUCCCAUCUGAUGAUUUUACAAUGUAGCAUUCUGUUUGGAAUGUUUAGUGUGGAAUAAUGUAUAUUUUUUUAAAGAGACAGAACAUACUGCGCAGUAUUCAGUAUAUACUGUAGUAUGCUAAUAUUCCAUUCUGGACGCAGCCUAAAGGUCUUUGCACACUGAGUCCGAAAUUUUUGCAUGUUAAAAAAUAAAUAAGACCACACGUUGUGUCAAUCACGUUUACAUACUGCCUCUGAAACAUUCAUCCGUCCUAAAAAAAAUGGAUUGGGUUCGAUUUUCUGUGUUUUUCGCAUUCGUAGCAAGCUUUUUGACUGAGCGUGCAAGGUUUCUGUGCGUGAUGAUGAUGAAUACGAAAAAACGCAUACAAAAAUUUAGGACUCAGACCUUAAAGGUGCAAAGACCUUAAAGGUACAAUCGCAUUUAGCGAAAUUUUACAGGAGAAAUCCAGUUAUUUCAGUUGGAAUCGGUGCGAUCUUGAGCCUCGCAUGAGGACGGAUGCAGAUUUUGCUAAUUUUUGCUGGCUUUGAAAGUGAGCUGUGCUUCGUUACACUGUUGACAAAGGACUUUUUUUUUUUUAAAUCUCACUGAAAUUUCGUUAAUGUGACCUCACCUUAACAUUCACUGCCUUUUUCUUGGGGUGAGAGCUGCUGAACCCAGACGUAUCCCGAUCCUGACGGUCCAAGCUAACCUUAACCUUAAAUGUCAAAACUGAUUUGGGACCAGUUUUUGAAAGCAUUAAGGGUCUCCAGUUUCUGACAGAAAUUGUUUACAGGAUACCUUAAUAGAGGUGAAAGUGUUUUCUAGAAUAUCAAAAAGACAGAUGUUUAGGGGAAAUAUGAGAUCAAUUCAUAUUAUUCCUCAGAAAAUACUGAAUUAGAUUUAGCAACUUUGUCCUUCAGACAAACUGGGAUGAAGAAAGGCUCUCGCUUAACUUCCUGUAGACUGAGCUCAGAUGCUGUCACCUCAGGAACAGAAAAUUGCAAAGUGUGAUUUAAAAAGCUGGCGUUUCGGUUCUCUGUCUCUCUGGUCUGUGUGGGUUUUGAUCUCUGGAAUUGUCCAAUAGUGUGAAGUGUGUUUUAAGUGGUCAGUCAGAUCCUGCUGCCUCCACUUGCCUCCUGGCUGACCGUCAGUCUGCCUCAGUCAGGGUUUAGGAGGACUUAUCCCUGGGCUUAUUUUCAGUCCCCCUUAAUUUUACUGUCAUCCAGUGGUUUGCAUCUGGUUUUGCUUCAGGAACCAGAUUUUAAGUGGCGACCCAAACAAUACCAAACGUAACCUGUAUGUAGUCUGGGUUGUAUUUUUUUCACUACGCAUAGUUUUGUUCAUGGUUCUUGAACAAUUUCAAAUGACCGUGUUGUCAUCGGCCUAAUUUGGUUAAAUAGCUUCUAUUAAAAUGACAAAUUAAAUUACAGCAAGAUAUUUGACGUCAACUACAAAAGAUAUAGGAAGCGUUUACUCCUUCCUUUAAAAAGCUGAUAUACAGACGUACAGUCUCUUAAUGUGUCAUACUGUAUUUUUUUUUAAUAAUUAAAAAAAAUAAUAUAAUUAUUAUAUAUAUAUAAAAUUUUAUUAUUUUUUUAACCAGAAAUUUUGGCAAUUUUUUAUGUUUUUUUGGAUGAAUGAUUAACACAAAGGUAUACAACAGUGCAACCAACUGUAAGUUCAUCCCUCACAGCAUUGUUUUCUUUCACUUAAAAUUAAAUAUGGCAUUGACCUUAAGGUCCAUGCAAGAUUAUAUGCUGAUUAGCAUUUUAUUAUUUGCAUUUAGCAGUUUUUCUUUCUGCGGUCCGUGACCCUCAGAGCAGACCUGUGGCCCACCAGUUGAGAACCACUGAUUUACGCAUAAGACUCUUGUGAAUCUUGAUUUUGAGUUAUUUGAUUUGCCUGAUUCAGGCAGUCUGUAUAUUUAAUUAAAAAUAAAAAAAUAAAAAAUAAUUACCUAAGGCAGAAAUGAUAAAAAGCCCACUGUUUAUAAUC